UUGACCAAUAGGAAACAUAGAAAUUUUAAAUCGACGAGUCGGCUAAUGCUGAUUGGCUCGCUUUCAACUGCCUGUCUCCAUUCUCCAGCGGUGAUUGGCUCGCUUUGCUUUUCCGCAGCGGGGGAAUUCCCUUUCUCUGAACGGCAAGUCGCAGACGUUUGUAUGUAUGUCUGUAUCUGGCAUCUACGGAGUACAUAUAUCUAGAAUUUCCCCCCCCCCCCCCCGGUCGAGAUGGCGACAGGAAUGUUCAUCUUGGGCUUCGUUGCCAUCUCUGAUUACGGAGACUUCUCAUCCCAGAUUUCAUUGACGCUCCCUACACAAACACACAUACGAAAAAGCCACCCAGCAUACCUCAGGUCAUGACUGCGAAGGCUAGAGGCCGGGACCAUUCCACGUCGACAGGUCAGGUAGAGAAGGCCCCAGAGUCGACCACCAAGUUCAGCGAUGGCGCAUCCGACGAAUUCGAGUUCGGCGGCUCCCUUGGAGUCACCGCGUUGAUGCUCGGUUUCCCCCUGUUGAUGUGGUACAUGUGGAUCGGCGCAACGUACUACAACGGGCACCUCCCCUUGCCCGACGACAACCAGAGCUGGCGCGAGUUCGUCGGUCACCUGCUUGAUCUCGUCUACGAGGGAGCCUAUCCGACCGCCAAAGCCUGGGCCAUCUACUGGACGUUCUUCGUCUUCGAGGCGGUCAUGUACUGCUACAUGCCCGGCGUGCUGACCUACGGCCGGCCCCUGCUCCACGAGGGCGGCAAGAAGCUCCCCUACUACUGUUCCGCCUACACCAGCUUCUACGCAACGCUCGCCGUCGCCGCGAUCCUGCACGCCACACGUGUCUUCCCGCUGUACACGCUCAUCGACGAGUUCGGGCCCAUCAUGACCGUAGCCAUCCUGUCGGGCUUCCUGAACAGCCUGAUCGUCCAUGUCCAGGCCAUCGUGCGGCGGCGGACGCACCGCCUCACGGGCUAUCCCAUCUACGACUUCUUCAUGGGCGCUGAGUUGAAUCCGCGCAUUGGAAUAUUGGACUUCAAGAUGUUCUACGAGGUCCGGAUCCCGUGGUUCAUCCUGUUCCUCAUCACCUGCUCCGUGGCCGCUCGCCAGUAUGAGACGUACGGGUACGUCUCGGCCGAGGUACUCUUCCUGGCCAUGGCGCAUUUCCUGUACACCAAUGCUUGUGCUAAGGCGGAGCAGUUGAUCAUCACCAGCUGGGACAUGUACUUCGAAAAGCUAGGCUUCAUGCUUACCUUCUGGAACAUGGCCGGCGUGCCCUUCACCUACUGCCACUGUGCCCUAUACUUCGCGAAUCACGACCCGGCGGAGUACCGCUGGAACCCUUACGCCUUGACCACGCUCUUCGUCACCUACCUCUUCAUGUACUGGAUGUGGGACACCGCCAACGGCCAAAAGAACGGAUUCCGCCAGAUGGAGAGGGGCCAGCUCAUCAAGCGCAACACCUUCCCCCAACUGCCGUGGCAGAUCAUCGAGAAACCGAAGGCCAUCGAGACGGAUGCUGGAGAUCGCAUCUUGGUGGACGGCUGGUUUGCGAUUGUUCGAAAGCCGAACUAUGUUCCCGACAUGUUCUUCUCUAUGUCUUGGGGUCUGAUCACCGGGUUCAAGAGCCCUUUCCCUUGGUUCUAUUCUAUCUUCUUUAUGGUCAUGAUCAUUCAUCGGACCAGAAGGGACAUUGAGAGAUGCCGAAGGAAGUACGGCGAGGCCUGGAAGCGGUACGAGAAUGAGGUUCCCUACUUAUUCAUUCCGUAUGUUAUUUAAGAAGAGAUUGCGGCCGGGAUGACGUGGUCCACAGACUCAAGUCGGAACAGGUUCGGGUACAAUUAUCCUCGCGUGGGUAGAGGUCGGCUGUUUCCCCCGUUGGGAUAUAUAUAUAGUGCUCUGUCAACCUGCCAAGCUGGAAACUCAAGUCCAGCGAGGUUUCUUGUACGAGGAGGAUGCGAAAGUGGCAAAGUGACCUGUUGAAGGCCAUCAGGAUAUGAAGUUUUGGGAAACAAAAAUCACUCGCCAUGGGCAACAUGGCCGGGGUGAAUUUGGCGGAAUGCAUGUCAUGCAACCCAGGCUUGGGAGAUAACAUGUAUGGAGGUUAAAAUGACCGGCUUUCGCUGCUGCCGGG